AUGGCUCCCAAGAACAACGCCAAGGGCGGCGACAAGAAAGGCGCUGCCGGCAAGGGCAAAGGCAAGGACGCUGGCAACGACGACAAGAGCAAAGUCAAGGGCGCACAGUCGAUCAACGUGCGGCACAUUCUGUGUGAGAAGCACGCCAAGAAAGAAGAAGCCCUUGAGAAACUCCGCAAUGGAACCAAGUUCGACGAAGUGGCUCGUGAGUUCUCCGAGGAUAAGGCGCGGCAGGGAGGUUCCCUCGGUUGGAAGACCAGGGGAGAUCUUGAUCCAGCCUUUGAGAAGAUUGCCUUUGAAUUGGAGCCCAGCACUACGGCGAAACCUAAGUAUCAAGAGGUGAAGACGGGCUUUGGGUAUCAUAUUAUCAUGGUGGAGGGACGCAAGUGA